AUCCAAAAUAUUCGCAUUCACUACUACAAGUCGGCAUAUGCAUAUAAAUAAAAAGAAACUUGUAUAAUUUAACUAUUUAAACAAUUGUUAGAACUGUGAUAAUGAAAUAUUUUAUUUAAACAUGAAACAAAAGGGAUCAAAAUAUUUAAAUGAAGGUCAGUAAAUAGUUGUUUUUAAAACGAACAAAAAAAUAAUAAUUAAAGCUAAAAUAAAAAAAUAAAUAAUUAAUGAACGAUAAGAAAGUUCAACAGAAAUUUGCCGUUUAUUUGCCAAGUGUGGGAAAAUAAUAAAGACAUUUCAGCAAAAAGGUGAAUUUAAUUUUUUAGCCGAAAAUAACAUUAAGAUAAUAAUGUUAAAUAUACGAAAAGUGGACUAGACAACCCGCUGUGAACAUAUAAAUAGCAAUAUGAUUUUGAGGGAAAAUACAGAAUUCAACCAAAGCUGAAAACAAGCUUAAGGAAAAACAACUUUGUUAAGAAAUACCAAACAAAAUGUUUAAACUCUCAGCAAUUGUAUUAGUUUUGGUAGUAGCACAAGUUUGGAGUGUUCCUUUGAUACCCCAAAUCGGCGAUGAAGAAGAAAUUGUGGAAGUUAAUUCCAAUAGUCUAACAAAUGUAGCUCAACAUUACAAAGAUAUAAUUGAUUUGAGUUUCUAUGGCUCUGCCAUGUUUGGAGAACCAGAUGAUCAGCAUACAGCGCAUAUGGUGGCCAAUUAUACACCUGAAGCAUUUGCAGUUAACCCCGAAGAAUUGGGUACCUAUUUGGAGGGCGAUAUCUUAAUACCCAAACAAAAGAUCACUAUGAAAAAUGGUCUCACCACGCAAAGUUCUCGCUGGCCUCAGGGUAUUGUGCCCUACGAAAUUCGUGGUAAUUUUAAUGCACGUGAUAUGUCCAUAAUUGAACAUGCUAUACGUGAAUAUCAUCGUCGUACUUGCAUACGUUUUGUGCCACGCAGCAACGAACAGGACUAUGUCUCAAUUGUCAGUGGCAAUUCUGGGUGUUGGUCGUCGGUAGGACGUGUUGGUGGCAAACAGGAAGUGAAUUUGCAAUCGCCUGGUUGCUUAACUAAACCUGGUACGGCCAUACAUGAACUUAUGCAUGCUUUGGGUUUCUUGCAUGAACAAAAUCGUGAGGAACGUGACACCUUUGUAUCCAUUCAAUACCAAAACAUCCAACCCAGUGCCAUGUCUAACUUUGAUAGAGCUGCUAAGACCUUGGCGUUUGGAGUACCCUACGAUUAUGGCAGUGUUAUGCAUUAUUCAGCCAGUGCUUUCUCCACCAAUGGCCGUCCUACUAUUGUUCCUAUGCAAAACAUGGGUAGAACUAAAAUGGGCCAGCGUGAUGGUUUCUCUGCUUUUGAUGUAGAAAAACUUAAUAAAAUGUAUGAUUGCGGUUAUGGUGGAGCUCCAGCUCCUGUUCCAACCCCAGCACCUGCACCAGUUCCUGUCCCUGCUCCAUUUCCUGUCCCUGCUCCAGCCCCAUUACCCAUUCCUGGCGCUCAAGGUGUAGAUAAUAGUUUGGUUAACAGUUUUGUUAGUGGCCUUUUGUCUGGUUUAGGUUUAGGCGAUGAUCCAUCGGCUUAA